AUGGCUCAAAUGCUCCAAACCAUGCAGGAGCAAAAAGCCAACAUGAAUGCUAGGUUCCAAGAUUUAGAGCGGAAUACCCAACUUCUACAUUCUCAUUCCCAAUUCAUUAGUAAGCUAGAGACCCAGAUUGGUCAAAUAGCCGAAGCAGUCAAUAGGAGGGAACAAAGCCAAUUGCCUAGUCAAGUCAUAGGUAACCCUAGUGGUUCUUCUCAACAGAGAGGGUUUUUCGAACAAGUUAAGGCCGUGAUGACUCUUCGGAGUAACCAAGAGCUAAUUAGGCCUAAGAGGGAAGUAAAAGUUCAGGGUAGAGAAGAGGAAGGGACCAAGCCAAAGAGAGUGAGAAUUAACAUUCCACUCUUAGAUGCCAUUAAACAAGUACCUGCUUAUGCUAAAUUCCUCAAGGGCUUGUGCACGCAAAAGAGGCGAAUGAAAUCUCACACACCCAAGACUGUACAUUUACCGGAAAAUGUAAGUGCGGUUGUCUCAAACCGCAUUCCCCUGAAGUUAAAGGAUCUUGGAGCUCCUGUUAUUUCUUGUGUGAUAGGUAAUGUCACGACUGAUAGAGCACUCUUAGACUUAGGGGCAAGCGUGAACUUAUUACCCACUUCCGUGUAUGAACAGUUUAACUUAGGUGAGCUCAAGUCUACUAAAGUCAUCCUGCAGUUAGCUGACCGAUCGGUCAAAAUGCCUAGGGGCCUAAUUGAGGACGUGUUAGUUAAAGUUGACGAACUACAUUUUCCGGUGGAUUUUCUUGUCUUAGACAUGGAGUAUAUGAGCAGUGGAAGUAUGCCACCAAGGGAGACUUUUUCUAGCAACGGCAAAUGCUUGCAUUAA